CGCGGAAACCGAGGGAGCCGUCUGCUCACUACGGCAGGGCCCGUGUAGGAGGGACCCGCUCGGGCUUGCAGCAUGUCCCAGCCGCCCUCCAUCACUCUUUACGUCCCCGAGGGCACCGAGAGCGAUGGCCAGGAGCUCAGUCCGGACAACGAGAGAGCCCUGCACACCUCAUUCCACCAGCUCAUCCUGGAGCAGAGCAGCUUGAUCGAGGCAGGUCUGGAGCUGGAGUUGCAGGAGAGGAGCAGAGAGUCCCCAGACUCCUUGGCUACUCGAGAUGCCUGUGCGGUGGCCUGGGCAGAGCCCGGGCAAGGUGAGGAGCACCCCAGCUACUCCUCUGCCUCCCUGCAGAUCUUGGCCAACAUGCCCAGCCGCACCAUCGGACGGAGCCUCGGGGCCAUCAUCUCCCAGUACUGCAACCGCACGGCGCGGCUGCGGCGCCGCAGCAGCCGCCCAGCCCUGCAGCAGCUCUGCCGCGCGGCACGGCCCAGCCUGCGCCACUACAACCUGGACACUGACCCUGCCAGCGCCACGCUGGAAGAGAAGCGGCGCCUGCUGGUGAAGGAGCUGCUGAGCCUCUCACCCAGCCAGUGCAGCCACAUGCUGCUCACCAUGCCCCUCAGCCUGGCGGAGAAACGCAUCCUCCGGCGGCAGCUGAGCGGGCAGAGGGGCCCCCUGGGGCAGCGUGCCCGUCACUGGGCCCCCUGCUCACCCUGUGCUUGGCCCAAGGUCUGCGUCGUCCUCGGCUGCCGAGGUCUCUGGUACAGGCUCCUGUCCCUGCUCCGCACUGCACAGCCCUGGCACUAUGCCCUGAAGCAGAUUGGCGGCCGCUUUGGCUCCAGUGUCCUCUCCUACUUCCUCUUCCUCAAGACACUCCUUAUGUUGAACUUCUUUUCAUUCCUCAUCCUCCUGGCCUUCGUGGUGGUCGUGCAGGCUGUGUACCCCUCUGCACCAGCGAGCCCCCAGCCCUUCACUGGCCUCGAGCUCCUCACAGGAGCGGGCUACUUCACACACUCACUGCUGUACUACGGCUACUACAGCAACGUCACCCUAAAUGACCCCUGCACCUCCAGUCCUCAGGGCAGCGAGUGCCCCCUCGCAGCCCCUUCACUCCCCUACAACUUGCCACUGGCCUACCUGUACAGUGUUGGGGUCUCCUUCCUUGGCACCUGCAUCCUGCUGGUGUACAGUGUGUCCCGCUCUUUUCGGGAGAGCGUGGGAAGCUCCACAGGGGUCUUGGCCAUCAAAGUCUUCUGUGCCUGGGACUUCAAGGUGAUGCAGAGGCGCUCGGUGAAGCUGCAGUGCGAGAACAUCUGCACCCAGCUGAAGGAGCUGCUGGUGGAGCAGCGCUCCCGCUCCCGCUCCCAGAGCCGCUGCCAGUGCCUGAGGCACUGCCUGGUGAUGCUGCUGGCCUGGGUCCUGGCUCUGGGCUCGGUGUCAGGCUGUGUGCUGGCUCUACACUACUUCUCAGAGCACAUGCACAUGGUGAGUACACCUCUCAUCUGGGAUCCCCUGUCCUGGGGCUGGAGGGACAGGGCUGGGAUACUGGGGAGAGAGGCAGGGACAGCCACACUGCAGCUCUGCUCCUGGGCUGGGCAUUUGCUGCUCUCCCAAAGGACUCUGCACCUGGCUGCCAACAGUUGUGUGCUCACCCCAGUACCUGCCCACCAGGUUCGGCAGGAUCAACAAGCACAGGGCAGUAGCAGAUGGCAGCAAGAAGCCAUUCUGCUGGUCCUGCCCCUUGUGGUGUCCCUCCUCAAUGCCUUGAUGCCCCACCUGUACAACCUGCUGGCCAUGUGGGAGAAGCAGGACUCCCCAGUGACACAGGUCUACGUGGCAAUCGUCAGGAACCUCAUCCUGAAGUCGAUGGUUCUCAUCCUGCUGUGCUACCAGUGGCUCAGCCGGAGCGUUAUCUGCUCAACAGAGGAGUGCUGGGAGACGUGUGUGGGGCAGGACCUGUAUCGAUUCAUGGUGAUGGAUUUCAUAUUCACCUUGCUGGAUACACUCUUUGGGGAGCUGAUCUGGAGGCUAAUCCUGGAGAAGAGGCUGAAGACAAAGCAGAGGCCAGAGUUUGAUAUUGCCCGAAACGUGCUGGAGCUGAUCUAUGGGCAGACCCUGACCUGGCUGGGCAUUCUCUUCUCCCCGCUCCUGCCAGCUGUGCAGAUGCUGAAGCUGCUGCUGCUGUUCUAUAUCAAAAAGACCAGCCUGAUGCAGAACUGCCAGUCCCCCAGCAAGCCCUGGCAAGCAUCACGCAUGAGCACCGUGUUCAUCACUCUGCUGUGCUUCCCCUCCUUCCUGGGUGCAGCUGCCUUCCUCUCCUACACCAUCUGGUCGGUGCCUCCAUCAGAAACCUGUGGUCCCUUCCGGGGGCUGGAAACCAUGUACAAGUCAGGGAGGAGGUGGGUGCUAGUGCUGGAGAAGUCCAACCCCAACAUCACCUGGUUUGCCUGGGUCUACCAGCAUCUGUUGGAGAACACCUGCCUCCAGUUCUUCAUGUCUGUGGCCCUGAUAGCUGUGAUCUACUUCAACAUCCAGGUGGUAAGAGGCCGCCAGAGGGUCAUCUGCCUGCUGCAGGAGCAGAUUGCCAACGAAGGGGAAGAUAAGGUAUUUCUCAUCCAGAAGCUUCACUCUGUUUAUGAGCAGAGACACAGACGUUCCUGAAUCCCAGGGACUCUGUCCUCUUAGCUCUACAGGAAGGAACAGGAUGGAACAGACUCUGCUUGCAGCUGGGACUGAAUCUGUCCAUCACAACACAGCGCUGGAAGCUGGGGAACCAUGAGUGCUGGGGAAGAUCCUCCCCUCUUGCCGUGGCCAAGAACCCACUGUGGCAUGCUGUAUCUCAGGGUUGCAGGAGCUGCUGGGAUGCAGUACGUACAGGACCAGGACUGCUGUCACACCUCAGGGCACAGCUCCAUGCAGGACUGCCUCACCAGCACAACCCUGCUCUGUGGAGGCUCACUACCUGCAGAGAACAGCUCUUCAGCUCUCUGUCCUGCUAGCGUGCCCUGGGCUGUUUUCAGAAUCCUUUGGGAAUCAGGGAACUUUCUCCACAACCACCUUCACAGUGCCUAAGGACAGCAAGCAUGGACUCAGCUCCAGCCUAGUACCUGGCUCACCAGGAGAGCAGCUGACCAGCUCCAGUCCCACAGACAAGGUCACUGGGCCACCCCCAGCAGCCCUGCACCCACUGCACUGGCUGGCGAGACGGACUUGGAAGAAUCACCAUGAUGCUGAGUGCUGGGCUGGGCAGGGACUCUGGGCUCAAGCUGACCUGGCCCAUUAAAGCUCUGCUGUGCAGGAG